CGUCAAUAGUAAGCGACUGUCUUCAGUUUGUGUAUCGGCCGCUGGGCUAACAGCUGCACCAAUUGUGUUUUGGUUUUGUUUUGUCUCCCAUGUGCAGUUAUUAUGAGCUCUCGAGGCGAUUCACUGCCUUGAAGUUGCAUCUCACUGUGUGACAACUGGACGUUUCAAUGUAGCUCUCAGUCUGCUCCGGGUGUUUUUACACCGUGUAUUUAUGUUUUCAGUAACAUAUUAGAAUACAUGACAAUGAAAGAAAGAGAUUUAAGGGGCUGCAACUAGCCAUGAAAGUAUCUGGACACCAUGCUCUAGUUAUAAGAUAGUAUCUCUCACUAAGUGGCAACAAUGUCUUGAUUCAAUUGAACCUUACUGUUAACAACCAGUAUUUAAGGGUGCUUUCACUCUAUAUUUCAUCAUACAUCAGUGUGGGUGGCAGCUGUAGUCAUAAUUACCAGAUACAGUAUACUGAAGAGUUGUUAUGUCUUUAGCGGUAGGUUCAGUGACACCUUGAACUUGUGUUAAUGGGGCAGCAGCUGCCAGUAUCAGAAUUGGCCCGCCAGUCAGUUCUGCUCUAAAUCAGGUCUGACCCAUGACUGAGUACUACGAGGAGGGGGGGCUGCUGUACGAGCAAUCACCUCCCAUGCACAUCAAAGUGGAGUCUCCGGAGGGACCCUUUGGAGGGGGAGCCUCAGAAAACGGCUUCCCCAGGGAGGACGACGACUCGGAGGGCAGCUGUGACCAGAGCAGUGGAUUACCUGGGGGACUCCCCUUCAACGUGGUAGUGGUGCAUCCCAACAUCAUGGCACCCGGCAUGUCCUCAGAUGAACUCUUGUCCAUUGAACAAAACAGAGCUAUGUCAGCUGCACUGGCUGCUGGCGGUGCAGGAAAAAGAAAGAGUCGUUUCAGUGGAGCAGAGCUAGAGGUGUUGGUGUCAGAAGUCACUCGGUGUGAAGGAGAGCUUUUUGGUCCUGCGGGUCGGCUCCGGCGGCGGGAGAGAGAGCGCAUCUGGGCAGGAAUCCUGGAGAGAGUCAAUGCCGUGUCCAGAGUCCCACGCACACUUCGCGAGGUAAAAAAGCGAUGGGACGACUUGAAGAGACGCAACGGAGGCAGGCUAGCGGAUGCUCGCCACCGCAGCUGUUACCUACCAUCCAGCAGAGGAGCCUCGAUGCUUGGCCGUCCUUCCCAGACUAGUCCCAGACUUUCACACACCAGGCAAAAGCAAAGCUCCAGACCAAAGCCCAGUUUCCCAUGCUUCCCUGACUCUGAUACAGGUGUGGGAGUGGAAGGCUCAGAGAGAGAUGGUUUAGAGAAAGAUGAGGACAAUACUGAGCAAGACAGAGAUAUGGGAGAAUCUGAGUGUGAACCAGGAGAGAACAGCAUGGAAGAUAAAUUGGGAUUAGGACUGGGUCUGGGCAUUGGACCACCACCUCCAUCAGAACGAUGGCUGCCUCCUUCCCCCCUCUACAGUGCUCCUUUCCUCAAUGGCAGCCCCCAGCCCAGUAGCCCUCAGCCUUCACUUGGAGCCCACCAGGGUCCUCUUGAAGCCCCUCCGCGCAGCUCUUGGCUUGAAGAUGAGCUACGAGGGUUAGGGGAAGCAGCAAUUCAACUUGGCAACCGGGUAGAAAAGAGUCUGCGGGAAUUUGGGGACGGUUUCAGGCAGGACAUGACAACACUUGUCGCUUCACAAGAGGCAUUAGCAUCCAGUCUACAACAAAACAAUGUUCUCUUGCAAAGGCUGUUGGGAGUGCUCGAAGCCCAGCAACAACCACAGCAACAUCGUGUACAACAAGCACACCAAUCGCAAACAUCUCAACAGCACUUACAGCCAGCUCAGCAGCAGCAGCUGCUGCAACAGACAGAACCACUGCAGCAGCAACAACAGAGGGUUGAAGCACCACUGCAAACACAACUAUUACAACAUCAGCAGCAGCAACAGCAGCCACAAGUAGGACAACAGUCACAACAGCACCAAACACAAAUACAGCAGCUGCCACAAGUCACCCAGCAUUCAAAUAAUCAGUCAGCUGUGGCAGUGGUUCCUGCACCUUCGUCCCCUGAUGUACAUGGCACCUGUCCCUCUGAAUCACUCACCAACACAAAUGGAAGUGUGCAGAGGCCACGGCGAGGACGAGCUGUUGAUCACAGGCGCAGAAGACGACGCUGAGGAGAAAGCACUUAGAAACUCAAAGUGUACAUCAAAAUGUGACAAGGAACUUCUACUGACAGUAUUUCUGUAAAAAAACGUUAUUUGGAGUUUUACUUCUCGCCUCAAACGAGAACAUUUUAGUUUGUCUUCAGAGAGGACGGAAGUGGAUACGGAAAUUAGACAUAAUAGAGUGGCCUUAACAUUAGCUUGGUUCCUCAGACAAAUGCUAAAAUACUUUCUGCCUUGUGGAGCGACAACUUCACUCAUGGGACCUUUAAUACCCAGACAACAUACUGUAGGUGCUGAUGUUUAACACCAUGUCACUGUACAUGCCAUACAGGCGAACUGCGAAGCUCAUGAGCCUCUUACUAGUCCAGCACUGUCCCAAUUCUCCUGAAUAACUAACGACAUUGUCAUAAAGUACUCAUUAUCUGCAAUUGUUACCAUAUAUGGUAGUUAUACAGCUAUUGUACUUACCUGCUAACGUAUGCUUGUGCUUUUUAACAAUUUCAUGAAAAGGUCUUUUUCUGCUUUGAACAAUAAAGUUAGACUGUUCUGUUCAGUGUGUUUUAAGACAACCGUGUUACAUUUUAAAGUCUUGGCAAUUUUUUAUGAAGAACAGUAAAAAACCAUACAGCAUAAACAUCAGACUUUAAUUGAUGUGUUUAUGACAUUUAAAAGCAUACAUGAGUAUGUAGGGGCUAUUUAUUCUAAUCUUGCAUGCAGUAUGAUGAAUGUGUUUGUAGAUAGUUGCAAAGAAACAGCAUAUGGCCAUCAUCUACGUAGUUUUGCACAAUCAUCUGUUCCGAUGAAAUGUAACUAAACUUUAAUAAAAGUCAGACAUGGACUGCAAAUAAAUAAA